AAGCUCGAGGCCAGGAUCAGAGAAUUGGAGAGUGAAGUUGAAGUUGAACAAAGGAAAUCAAGUGAUGCCGUCAAGGGAAUACGAAAAUAUGAGAGACGGAUUAAAGAGCUGACGUAUCAGACAGAAGAGGAUCGUAAGAAUCUUACCCGUCUGCAAGAUCUGGUGGACAAGUUGCAGCUAAAGGUGAAAUCCUACAAGAAAGCUGCUGAGGAAGCUGAGGAACAGGCCAACAGUAAUCUUACCAAGUUCCGCAAACUUCAACAUGAGCUCGAUGAAGCUGAGGAGCGAGCUGACAUUGCCGAGUCCCAGGUCAACAAGCUACGUGUCAAAAGCCGUGACGCAGGGUCAAAGAAAGGUCAUGAUGAGGAGUAAAACACAUGGUCUGAAUCCCUGUUUCUGAGACAUCGGAUGUAUUAGUAACGGUGUCUCCCUAUGCAUGUUGGUUGGUCAGUAGAAUUAAAUGAAUCUGCAUCUGAAA